AUGCUUCGUGGCUCUACUGUAUUGAAAAGCGUUACAGGACGUCGUUUCUUGUCUACUGGUGUCAAGUACACAACCUUGUCUAAUGGUGUCACAGUUGCAAGUGAAGUCAACAACGAUGCCAAACACUCUACCGUUGGUCUUUAUUUCGGAGCAGGUUCUAGAUCAGAACACCCAUACUGCAACGGUGUCUCCGCUUUGACUGCUGAGAUCUUGGCUCACCACCACAAUGUUGGUGCAGAUGGUGUCUUGACCAGUUCCCACAACUCCAAAGAAAUCAAUGGUAUUGUUGCAGAAGCUAAAAAUGAAAAUGUCGAUUCUGCAGCUAAAUUGAUUGCAUCGAUUGCAUCAAAUGCUGAAGAGAUUGUCAACAAAGCCGACAUCAAGGUUGCCAAGAACAGAUUGAGCACUCAAGCUGCAGCUGUUGAAGCUAACCCAGAAUCCAAGGUCUUGAGCCACUUGGCAUCCAGUGCCUUCCAAGGUUACUCUUUGAGUUUGCCAACCUUGGGUACCACUGAUAGCAUUGCCAACUUGGAAACCGAUGACUCAUUGCGUCACUUGUCCAAACACUUGGUCAACAACAAUGUUAUCAUUGCAUCAUCUGGUAACUUUGACCACGAAAAAUUGGUGGACACCAUUGAAGCCAACUUGAAGAUUGCUGAAGGUGCCAAACCAGAUAUCAAGCCAGCAUCAUUCUUGGGUUCAGAAGUUAGAAUGAGAGAUGACACUAUGCCAAAGGCAUACUUUUCAAUUGCUGUUUCUGGUGAAGGUCUUGGAUCCCCACACUACUACACUGCUAAAGUUGCAGCAGCAAUCUUUGGAAACUUUUACCUCCACUCCACCACUGCUAAAUACACCUCACCAAAAUUGGCUUCAAUCGUUCAAGAGUAUGACAUUGUUGAGAAAUACCACCACUUUUCCAAGUCCUGGUCUGACCAAGGUUUGUGGGGUUACUAUGCCGAAGUUCCUAACAAGUUUACCAUUGAUGACUUUUGCCACUUUUCAUUGAAACAAUGGAACAGAUUGUCAAUCUCCAUUAGUGAACAAGAAGUUGCUAGAGCUAAGGCACAAGUCAAGACCAAGCUUGCUUCUCACUACAACUCGACCCGUCACGUCUCCAAGGACAUCGCAAAGAAUGUCUUGACUGUAGGAUACAAGCACUCACUCAGGGAAGCAUUUGAAAAGAUUGAUGCUAUUACCGUUAGCGAUGUUAAGGAAUGGGGUAAGAGUAAAGUCUGGGAUAGAGACAUUGUUAUUUCUGGUACUGGUCUUAUUGAAGAUUUGUUGGACUACAAUAGAAAUAGAAACGAAAUGGCAAUGAUGAGAUGGUAA